UGUCGUUUCGUUUCAGUCCAACAACCAAUCCAUGACCAUCUUCAUUCUCUGCUGAAAAAUACAAAGCAGUGGAAGAAGCUGAAGCUGAAGCUGGGUACUGGAAAGUAUGGCGGUUGUAUCAGCACUAAGAGGAGGUCGUUUGCCUCUGUUCCACCAUGGUCAUCGUCAAAUGGGCAGUUGGGGCCCUUCAAGAUUAAGGAAACAGCUUAACUUGCGCUCUAACUCAAGGAGUGUCACUUUUUUCGCUCGCUAUUCACAACCUCAGGAUCUUUUCUCUUCUCGCUUCCAAGAUAGUAUAGAGAACUUGCCUAAACUGGUUGAGGAUAUAGUCCAAACAUCAAUAAACACAGGUCCAAGGGGUGCCCUGAGGAUGGUUCAAGGAAUUCAAGCUGUUGUAGGAGUAGGCGGGGAGUGGCUUGCAGACAUUUCAAAGUCAACAAAUUCAUCCACUGGAUUGCCAACUGAAGUUCAGCUUGGAUUGCUUUCACCCGUGUAUCUGAGGAAACUGUUUGAACGCAUGGGAGCAACCUAUAUCAAGUUAGGUCAGUUUAUUGCUUCUGCCCCCACAUUAUUCCCUCCAGAAUAUGUUCAGGAAUUCCAGAAUUGCUUUGAUAGAGCUCCUGCAGUUCCCUUUGAUGAUAUCAAAAAAAUACUGCUUGAGGAACUAGGGAGACCAAUAGAAAGUGUUUAUGAGUAUGUUGAUCCAAUUCCAAUUGCUUCAGCCUCAAUAGCCCAGGUUCAUGGUGCAAAGCUCAGAGGCUCCCAGGAGGAUGUGGUUAUUAAGGUCUUAAAACCUGGAAUAGAAGAUAUAUUGGUUGCAGAUCUGAACUUUGUUUACGUUGUUGCUCGUCUUCUGGAGUUUCUGAAUCCUGAAUUAAGCCGUACAUCACUGGCUGGUAUCGUAAAAGACAUACGGGCGUCCAUGCUUGAAGAGGUUGACUUUCAAAAGGAGGCUGCAAACAUAGAGUCAUUUCGAAGAUAUUUGGAAGCAAUGGGACUGACACAACAGGCUACAGCUCCGAAAGUGUAUUACCAAUGCAGCACACGGCGUGUUUUGACCAUGCAGAGGUUAUAUGGUGUUCCUCUUACUGACCUUGACACGAUAAGCUCUCUUGUUGCUAGUCCAGAGACCAGUCUCAUAACUGCUCUUAACGUAUGGUUUGGCAGUUUGCUUGCAUGUGAAACCUUUCAUGCAGAUGUACAUGCAGGGAAUUUGUGGCUGUUACGUGAUGGCCGCAUUGGGUUUCUUGAUUUUGGAAUUGUUGGCCGUAUAGCCCCCAAAACAUGGGCUGCAAUGGAAGUGUUUUUGGCAUCAAUUGCAACUGAAGAAUAUGAAUCAAUGGCUUCUGCCUUGAUUGAAAUGGGUGCUACAAACACAGACGUAGAUUCCAAGGCCUUUGCAAGAGACUUGGAGAAAAUAUUUUCAUCAAUUAAGGACUUGGAUACAGAAGUAGUUGUAGCAACAGCUAGGGGGACAACUACCGGGGCAACUGCUGUCUCUGCUAAUGUCAUUGUUGAUGAGAGGCAGAUGAAUGCACUUUUCCUUGAUGUGGUUCGAGUGAGUGAAUCAUAUGGAUUGAAAUUUCCAAGGGAGUUUGCACUUCUGAUGAAGCAGUUGCUGUAUUUUGACCGGUAUACCCGAUUGUUGGCACCAAACUUGAACAUGCUUCAGGACCAGAGGAUCUCCAUUGCUUCAAAUCGAAGGGCCAACUACAGGGACAACUUCAGAUGAGAAGUUGUGAAUGCAAUGCAGAGACAUAUUUGUAAAUACAAAUAAAUUUACUUGGAGAGUUGGAAAUAACAUACCAUAGGAACAUAAAUACAGCAGGAAAGCCAUGUACUUGCAUGCUUUUGGCAAAGAGGACAUAAUUAUUUGAGUUAUGAACUGGUUAGUACUAGUAAUAUAGUUUAAUUAAGUACAUUCCAAACUACAUUACUAUUUUAAUGCCCUUGAACUUGUACUACAUUAUUCAAUAUGAGAAAGCGUUCCUUAUAAAA